GGGAGGCAGCGGGCGGCCGGGCGAUGUGAGCCGGGGAGGCGGAAGGCGCUGCCCGCAUGGCCGCGGGGGGCGGCGGCAGGAAUGUGCCCCUGGGAACAUCCCGCGACAGCAUGAGGCGGGAUGGCGGCGCCGAGCCGUACUGGUCCAGGCCCGAGUCCCGUGUGUGGACGCUGAUGCUGCUGCUGGGGACGUGCCUGCUGUACUGUGCCCGUGUCACCGUGCCCAUCUGCGCCGUGGCCCUCAGCUCCCACUUCCACUGGGACAAGAAGCAGUUCGGCGUCGUGCUCAGCAGCUUCUUCUGGGGCUACUGCUUGACACAGAUUGUUGGAGGACACAUCAGUGAUCAAAUAGGAGGUGAGAAGGUCCUUCUCCUUUCAGCAUCAGCCUGGGGGUUGCUCACAGUCCUCACCCCGCUGCUCACCCACAUCACUUCAGCCCAUCUGGUUUUUAUGACCUCCUCCAGGUUCCUCAUGGGGCUGCUGCAAGGGGUGUAUUUCCCAUCCCUGGCCAGCCUGCUGUCCCAGAGGGUCCGGGAGAGCGAGCGAGCCUUCACCUACAGCACAGUGGGGACUGGAUCACAGUUUGGAACGUUGCUGAUUGGUGGUGCAGGAUCUCUCCUCCUGGACUGGUACGGCUGGGAAAGUGUUUUCUACUUCUCUGGUUUGCUCACUUUGCUCUGGGCUUAUUGCACCUGCAAAUACCUCCUGAGUGAGAAAGAGCUCACCAUCCCCAUGAACUAUUUAACGAGAGGCCUCUCGAUACCCAAGCAGACCAAAGUUCCCUGGAAGCAGCUGUUUAGGAAAGCACCGAUCUGGGCUGUCAUCAUCGCUCAGCUCUCCACGGCCAGCACCUUCUUCACCCUCCUCUCCUGGCUGCCAACUUUCUUUAAGGAAACUUUUCCCGAGUCAAAGGGUUGGGUGUUUAAUGUGGUUCCUUGGCUGGUUGCGAUUCCAGCAAGCUUGUUCAGUGGAUUUCUGUCUGAUCAUUUAAUCAGUCAAGGGUACAGAACCAUCACCAUUCGUAAGUUCAUGCAGGUCAUUGGCUCUGGUCUCUCAAGCAUUUUUGCUUUGUGCCUGGGCCAGACCUCCAGUUUCUGCAAAGCAAUAGUGUUUGCCUCAGCCUCUGUUGGACUGCAGACCUUUAACCACAGUGGCAUUUCAGUAAACGUGCAGGACCUGGCCCCCUCGUGUGCUGGCUUGCUGUUUGGGGUUGCAAAUACAGGUGGAGCCCUCCUAGGUGUCAUUUGUGUGUACCUGGCUGGAUACCUGAUCGAGACCACCGGCUCCUGGAUUUCUGUUUUCAACCUGGUGGCUGCUGUGAACAGCAUUGGGCUCUGCACAUUCCUCCUCUUUGGAGAGGCCCAGAGGGUGGACACGGACUCUGUGUAUGUGGAUCUUUAGGGAUGAGCCCAAGAAGCAGCUGAAGGACAGGAGAAUGUCACAUCUAUGGGUCAUUCUUGCACAAGUGCCAAAGAAUGUUUUACUUUUCUUUUUUAGAUGUUUUAAAAGGAAAAAAAAAUAUGCUGAAACCAA